GAAGAGCGCCCCUGGUGGUAGGUACGCGCUAUAGAGCGGAUCCCGGGCGGGGUCGGCAGUGAGAGAAGUCCGGAGAGAGGACGGCGGAGCGGUUUUUUUCCCAUUAGAAUAGUUCCCCCACCCCCGUGCAGCCAUGGUGGCCCUGUCGUUGAAGAUCAGUAUUGGCAAUGUAGUGAAGACGAUGCAGUUUGAGCCGUCCACCAUGAUCUAUGAUGCCUGUCGCAUGAUACGGGAGCGGGUGCCGGAGGCGCAGAUUGGACAGCCGAAUGAUUUCGGUCUGUUCUUAUCGGACGAGGAUCCCAAGAAAGGAAUCUGGCUGGAGGCGGGGAAGGCCCUCGAUUAUUACAUGUUACGGAAUGGGGACACCUUGGAGUACAGGAAGAAGCAGCGACCUCUGAAGAUCCGCAUGUUGGAUGGGACAGUGAAAACCGUCAUGGUGGACGAUUCCAAGACAAUGAGUGAUCUUCUGAUGACCAUCUGUGCCCGGAUUGGUAUCACCAACUACGAUGAAUAUUCUCUGGUGCGAGAAGUGUUUGAGGAGAAGAAGGAGGAGGUGACUGGAACCCUGAAACGAGACAAAACCCUUCUCCGGGAUGACAAGAAAAUGGAAAAACUGAAACAGAAGCUUCACACGGACGAUGAGUUGAACUGGCUGGACCCGGGGCGGACCUUAAGAGAACAAGGUGUAGAUGAAAAUGAGACUCUUCUUCUGAGACGGAAAUUCUUCUAUUCUGACCAGAAUGUGGAUUCCAGGGACCCUGUUCAGCUCAAUCUCCUCUAUGUGCAGGCUCGGGAUGACAUUCUGAACGGCUCUCAUCCGGUUUCCUUUGAUAAGGCCUGUGACUUUGCCGGCUACCAGUGCCUGGUGCAGUUUGGGCCACAUAAUGAGAUGAAACACAAGCCAGGUUUCUUGGACCUGAAAGAUUUUCUGCCGAAAGAAUACAUCAAACAGAAAGGAGAGCGCAGGAUCUUCAUGGCCCACAAGAAUUGUGCGAAUAUGAGUGAAAUUGAAGCCAAGGCACGAUACGUGAAGCUGGCCCGGUCCUUGAAGACGUAUGGUGUGUCCUUCUUUUUGGUGAAGGAAAAGAUGAAGGGGAAGAACAAGCUGGUUCCUCGUCUGUUGGGGAUUACUAAGGAAUGUGUGAUGAGGGUGGAUGAAAAGACCAAGGAGGUGAUCCAGGAGUGGAACCUGACCAACAUCAAACGUUGGGCCGCCUCUCCCAAGAGCUUCACCCUGGACUUUGGAGACUAUCAGGAUGGAUAUUACUCAGUGCAGACCACAGAAGGAGAACAGAUUGCCCAGCUCAUUGCUGGAUACAUCGAUAUUAUUCUAAAGAAGAAAAAGAGUAAAGACCACUUUGGUUCGGAGGGAGAUGAAGAAUCGACCAUGUUGGAGGACUCCGUGUCACCCAAGAAGUCCACGCUUCUUCAGCAGCAGUUUAAUUCGGUGGGCAAGGUGGAGCAUGGCUCUGUAGCUCUUCCGGCCAUCAUGCGUUCUGGGGCUGGAGGACCUGAAAACUUCCAGGUGGGCUCCAUGCCACAGGCUCAGCAGCAGAUCACAAGUGGACAGAUGCACUGGGGACACAUGCCACCCCUGACCUCGGCCCAGCAGGCCCUCACCGGUACGAUAAACUCAAGUAUGCAAGCUGUGAACGCUGCCCAGGCCUCCCUGGAUGACUUCGAUAAUCUGCCACCCCUGGGACAAGAUGCCGCUGCCAAGGCUUGGAGGAAGAACAAGAUGGAUGAAUCCAAACAUGAGAUCCACUCCCAGGUGGACGCCAUCACCGCAGGAACUGCCUCCGUUGUCAACCUGACCGCAGGUGAUCCCGCAGACACGGAUUACACAGCGGUGGGCUGCGCAGUCACAACCAUCAGUUCUAACCUGACGGAGAUGUCCCGCGGGGUGAAGCUUCUGGCGGCUUUGAUGGAGGACGAGGGAGGCAACGGAAGACAACUUCUCCAUGCGGCCAAGAACCUGGCAGGAGCCGUAUCUGACCUGCUGAAGACAGCCCAACCCGCCAGCACAGAGCCUCGACAGGUCCUCCUUCAGGCCGCCGGUAAUGUCGGUCAGACGAGCGGAGAAUUACUUCAGCAGAUCGGCGAGUGUGACACGGACCCGCGCUUCCAGAUCUCUGCAGCCAGGGUCACCCGCACAGCGAACGCGCUGCCUGAGCAGAAAACGGACAUGCUCAUGCAGCUGGCAAAAGCCGUGGCGAGUGCGGCGGCAGCUCUGGUACUGAAGGCAAAGAAUGUAGCCGAGCGAACGGAUGACCCCAUGCAGCAGGGCCAAGUCAUCGCUGCCGCCACGCAGUGCGCUCUUUCCACUUCUCAGCUGGUGGCAUGCACUAAGGUUGUGGCUCCAACCAUCAGUUCUCCGGUUUGUCAGGAGCAGCUGUUGGAGGCCGGAAAGCAGGUGGCCAAGUCAGUGGAAGGCUGUGUGGAGUCUUCCAAAGAAGCUACUGGAGACCCGGAACUCCUGAAGGCUGUCGGUGUGGCAGCAUCUGCUGUCACCCAGGCGCUCAACGACCUACUGCAACACAUCAAGAAGAAUGCCACCGGAGGACCUCCAACCGGCAGAUAUGACCAGGCCACCGAUACCAUCCUCAACGUGACCGAGAACAUCUUCAGCUCUAUGGGAGAUGCCGGAGAGAUGGUGCGACAAGCGCGAAUCCUCGCUCAGGCCACGUCGGAUCUGGUGGGCGCUAUCAAAGCAGAUGCCGAACAGGAAAGCGAUCUGGAGAAUUCCCGAAAACUUCUCAGCGCUGCCAAACUUCUGGCUGAUGCCACGGCUCGGAUGGUGGAGGCGGCCAAGGGUGCAGCUGCCAAUCCGGACAGUGAGGAGCAACAACAGAGGCUGCGUGAAGCUGCGGAGGGUCUGCGUAUGGCCACCAAUGCCGCCGCACAAAACGCCAUCAAGAAGAAGCUGGUGCACAAGCUGGAGCAAGCGGCCAAACAGGCGGCCGCUUCAGCCACGCAAACCAUUGCCGCCGCACAGAACGCUGCGUCCAGCAACAAGAACCCCGCCGCCCAGCAACAGCUGGUGCAGAGCUGCAAGGUUGUGGCAGAGCAGAUCCCGAUGUUGGUCCAGGGAGUUCGAGGCAGCCAAUCACAGCCGGAGAGUCCGAGCGCCCAACUGUCCCUCAUCAGUGCCGGCCAGAACUUCCUGCAGCCUGGCGGUAAACUGGUGGCGGCAGGGAAGGCCGCCGUCCCGACCGUCUCGGAUCCGGCAUCCGCCAUGCAGCUUGGUCAAUGCAUAAAGAACUUGGCUACCGCUCUAGCUGAGCUCCGCACCGCCGCACAGAAGGCACAGGAAGCAUGUGGACCUCUGGAGAUUGACUCUGCACUGAACCUCAUCCGUUCCCUGGAACAAGACCUAAAGGAGGCCAAAGCAGCUGCCAGAGAGGGCAAACUGCAGCCACUGCCCGGGGAGACGAUGGAGAAAUGCUCACAAGAUCUGGGGAGCAGCACCAAGGCAGUGAGUUCUUCCAUCGCACAACUUCUGGGUGAGAUUGUCCAUGGGAAUGAGAACUACACAGGACGUGCUGCCCGUGAUGUUGCCCAGGCCCUCCGUUCCCUGGCUCAGGCCAGCCGUGGAGUGGCCGCCAUGUCUGGAGAUCCGGCAGUGCAGAACGCCAUGUUGGAGUGCGCCGGAGAUGUCAUGGAUAAGGCUGGAAAUCUCAUUGAAGAAGCUAAGAGAGCCGUGGGAAAGCCGGCGGAUGCCGAGUGUCAGCAAAGAUUGGCUCAGGUGGCCAAGGCCGUGUCUCAGGCUCUGAGCCGAUGCGUCACUUGUCUUCCGGGACAGAGAGACGUGGAUGCCGCUAUAAAGAGCAUCGGAGAAGCCAGCAAGAAACUCCUGGCCACAUCUUUCCCCCCCAGCACCAAGACUUUCCAGGAAGCUCAGGGCCAACUGAACCAGGCUGCCGUCGGCCUCAACCAGUCAGCCAAUGAACUAGUGCAGGCUUCCCGGGGAACGCCUCAGGAUCUCGCCAAGGCUUCUGGGAAGUAUGGCCAGGACUUCAAUGAGUUCCUUCAGGCUGGAGUGGAGAUGGCAGGACAAUCACAGAACAAGGAGGACCAGUCCCAAGUGGUCUCCAACCUCAAGAGUAUUUCUCUGUCAUCCAGCAAGUUGUUACUGGCAGCUAAAGCACUUUCUGCGGAUCCUGCCGCUCCCAACCUGAAGAGCCAGCUGGCGGCCGCAGCCAGGGCUGUGACCGACAGUAUCAAUCAGCUGAUCACGGUGUGUACCCAGCAAGCCCCGGGACAGAAGGAGUGUGACAACGCUCUACGUGAGCUGGAGACAGUCCGAGAACUCCUCCAGAACCCGACGGAGCCAGUCAACGACCAGUCCUACUUCAACUGCCUGGACAGCGUCAUGGAGAACUCCAAGGUUCUAGGUGAGUCUAUGGCCGGAAUUUCUCAGCAUGCGAAGACCAGCAAUUUGCCAGAGUUUGGUGAGGCGGUCAGCACGGCAUCCAAGGCUUUGUGUGGCCUGACUGAGGCUGCGGCACAGGCUGCUUACCUUGUUGGCGUAUCAGAUCCCAGUAGCCGUGCCGCCCAGCAAGGUCUGGUGGAUCCCACACAGUUUGCCAGAGCCAACCAAGCUAUUCAGAUGGCCUGUCAAAACCUAGUAGAUCCGGCCUGCACCCAGUCACAGGUGUUGUCAGCUGCCACCAUUGUGGCUAAACACACCUCCGCUCUGUGCAAUGCAUGCCGCCUGGCAUCCACUCACACCUCCAAUCCCGUGGCCAAGAGGCAGUUUGUCCAGUCUGCCAAGGAGGUGGCAAACAGCACGGCGAACCUGGUGAAGACCAUCAAGGCUUUGGAUGGGGCAUUCAAUGACGACAAUCGGGCCAAGUGUCGUGAAGCCACCGUGCCGCUUAUCCAAGCCGUAGAGAACCUUACCGCUUUCGCCUCCAAUCCGGAAUUCGCCAGUGUGCCGGCCCACAUUUCCCAAGAGGGUCUCCAUGCCAUGGAACCAAUCAUCAGCUCGGCUCAGACCAUGCUGGAGAGCUCUUCUGGCCUCAUCCAGACCGCUCGUUCCCUGGCUGCCAAUCCCAAAGACCCGCCACAAUGGUCGGUGUUGGCCGGACACUCCCGGACAGUCUCUGACUCCAUCAAGAAACUCAUCACCAAUAUGAGGGACAAGGCCCCAGGACAGAGGGAAUGUGAUCAGGCCAUCGAGCUGCUGAACCAGGCGGUGAGAGAACUGGACCAGGCCUCGCUAGAAGCCAUCAGCCAGCAAUUGGUGCCGCGGGAGGGAAUCUCACAGGAGGCGUUACACAAUCAGAUGCAGACGUCUGUACAGGAGAUCAGCAACCUAAUAGAACCGCUGGUGGCGGCGGCCCGGGCGGACUCCUCGCAGCUCGGACACAAGGUCUCCCAGAUGGCCCAAUACUUCGAGCCUCUGACCAACGCCACCAUCGGAGCCGCCUCCAAGGCCAUCAACCACCAGCAGCAGAUGAACCUUCUGGACCAGACCAAGACGCUGGCAGAGUCGGCACUGCAGAUGCUUUACACCGCCAAGGAGGCCGGAGGCAACGCCAAGGGGGCCGGACACACCCAGGAAGCUUUGGAUGAAGCCGCUCAGAUGAUGCAUGAAGCUGUGGAUGAUUUGACGGGAACACUGAAUGAAGCUGCCAGUGCGGCCGGAGCUGUAGGAGGAAUGGUGGAUUCCAUCACUCAGGCCAUCAACAAGCUGGAUGAACAGCACAUCGGUGAGCCUGAGGGAUCAUUUGUGGACUAUCAAACAACCAUGGUGAAGACCGCCAAGGCUAUAGCAGUGACGGUGCAGGAGAUGGUCACUAAAUCCACCACCAACCCCGACGAACUGGGCACAUUGGCCAACCAACUUACCAAUGACUACAGUCAGCUGGCACAUGAAGCCAAACCAGCUGCUAUGACUGCCGAGAAUGAGGAGAUUGGAUCUCACAUCAAACAGCGGGUGCAGGAACUGGGCCACGGCUGCUCUCUGCUGGUCACCAAAGCCGGAGCUCUGCAGUGCUGCCCGACGGACAAUUACACCAAGAAGGAGCUGAUCGAUUGUGCACGGCGCGUGUCUGAGAAGGUGUCACACGUCCUGGCUGCUCUCCAAGCUGGGAACCGCGGCACUCAGGCUUGUAUCACUGCCGCCAGCGCCGUCUCCGGGAUCAUCGCCGACCUGGACACAACUAUCAUGUUUGCCACGGCCGGAUCACUGAACCGAGAGAACGCCGAAACCUUCGCAGAUCAUCGGGAAGGAAUCCUGAAGACGGCAAAGGCUCUGGUGGAGGACACGAAGGUUCUGGUGCAGAACGCCACCUCCAGUCAGGAGAAGUUGGCUCAGGCCGCCCAGUCUUCAGUCGGCACCAUCACACGGCUAGCAGAGAACGUUAAGCUGGGAGCGGCCAGUCUGGGCUCAGAAGACCCCGAGACUCAGGUGGUCCUCAUUAAUGCUGUUAAAGAUGUGGCCAAGGCAUUGGGUGACCUCAUCAGUGCCACCAAGGCAGCUGCCGGAAAGUCCAGUGAUGACCCGUCGGUGUACCAGCUGAAGAACUCUGCCAAGGUUAUGGUGACCAAUGUGACGUCUCUCCUGAAAACGGUCAAAGCCGUGGAAGAUGAAGCCACCAAGGGAACGCGGGCGCUGGAGGCCACCAUUGAGCACAUACGGCAGGAGCUGGCGACCUUCAUUUCCCCCGAGCCUCCUCCCAAGACCUCCACACCGGAAGACUUUAUCCGUAUGACCAAAGGCAUCACCAUGGCAACGGCCAAGGCCGUUGCUGCCGGAAACUCCUGUCGUCAGGAAGAUGUUAUCGCUACAGCCAACUUGAGUCGUCGCGCUAUCGCCGACAUGCUGCGUUCCUGCAAGGAAGCCGUCUAUCACCCCGAGGUCAACCAUGAUGUGCGUAUCCGGGCCACGCGAUUUGGCAAGGAGUGCGCUAUGGGCUACCUACAACUCCUGGAACACGUGUUACAGAUCCUCCAUAAGCCGACUGCAGACAUGAAGCAUCAGCUGACCGGGUUCUCCAAGCAAGUCGCGGGUUCCGUGACGGAGCUGAUCCAGGCCGCCGAGGCGAUGAAAGGCACAGAAUGGGUGGAUCCCGAGGACCCCACCGUCAUUGCCGAGAACGAGCUGUUGGGCGCAGCGGCAGCGAUAGAAGCAGCAGCCAAAAAAUUGGAGCAGCUGAAACCUCGUGCUAAACCCAAGCAAGCAGAUGAGAGUCUGAACUUCGAGGAGCAAAUCCUGGAGGCGGCCAAGUCCAUCGCAGCCGCCACCAGCGCACUCGUCAAAGCUGCGUCCGCCGCCCAGCGUGAACUGGUGGCCCAGGGCAAGGUUGGAGCCAUUCCAGCGAACGCUAUAGAUGAUGGUCAGUGGUCUCAGGGACUUAUAUCUGCUGCUCGAAUGGUUGCUGCUGCCACCAGUAACCUGUGUGAAGCGGCGAAUUCCGCAGUGCAGGGCCACGCCAGCGAGGAGAAGCUGAUUUCAUCUGCCAAGCAGGUGGCCGCAUCUACAGCUCAGCUUCUGGUGGCCUGUAAGGUGAAGGCCGACCACGAUUCGGAGGCCAUGAAGAGGCUGCAGGUUGCCGGGAACGCGGUGAAGAGAGCGUCGGACAAUUUGGUGAAGGCGGCAAAGAAAGCGGCAGCAUUCCAGGAACACGAUGAGACGGUGGUGGUGAAGGAGAAGAUGGUGGGCGGCAUCGCACAGAUUAUCGCGGCUCAGGAGGAAAUGUUACGGAAGGAGCGGGAGCUGGAGGAAGCUCGGAAGAAGCUGGCGAUGAUCCGACAACAGCAGUACAAGUUCCUUCCCUCGGAGCUCCGAGAGGAUUCGCAGAACUGAGCUCCGCCCCCUCCCUCUGACCACUGCAGGCGUAACCGGCUUCCCCCGCUCACUAAUCGUUCUUGCACACGUGCCUCCAGUAGCAGAGACUUUAUUAUCCAGCGGCAUGCUGGGUGUCGGGGCCACUCCUCCUCCUUUUUCCCAUAAUCCUGUGCUGUCCCAGUGGGCGGAGCUCGCCCACUCUCAGAUUACGUUGUAACGGUUCAUAUUGUACAGGCAGUGCCUUAUCGCCCUGACGCUGGCUGCUAACCCCCCCCCCCCCCCCCCAUCGUGCUUUAAUAUAUUAAUCUGUGCCUUGCUGACCCCCCUAUGCUCCUCCCAGUGCGCUGAGUGAGUGUCGUGUGAUUGGUGGAAUCUGUGUGUGUGUGGCUCUGUCGGCCCCUCCCCCCUCGUCUUCACCUCAAGUCUAUUUCAUGCCAAAAGUGCCUAAACGUGCAAUGCACAAUCAUAGUGUUACCGCCGCCGCGCGUCCCGCGUCAUUUCUAUGGAAAUAUCUAUUUUUAUUUUACAUUUGUUGAGAUUUCUAUGCUGUAUGUCGGACCGGCCGCGGUCCCCUUCCAAUGGCUCCACCAAAAAAAAGUGUUAUAAGCAAUAAAUAUUCUCACCUGGAGCUCCUC